GCGCGGGCUGCCGCUCCCCUCCGCCAUGUCCAAGCACGUUUUUCUCACAGGACCCCCAGGGGUUGGAAAGACUACUUUGAUCCAGAAAGUCACUCAAGCUCUAAAAUCUUCAGGCAUCUCCAUUGAUGGAUUUUACACAGAGGAAGUUAGAGAAGGUGGCAGGAGAACAGGAUUUGAUGUUGUCACUUUGUCUGGAAAACGAGGACCUUUAUCUAGAGUCAGUUCUGAUUCUUCUACCUCAAGACGUGAAUAUCGGGUCGGACAGUAUGUUGUAGACCUUGUUUCAUUCGAGCAGUUGGUUCUACCUAUGCUGAGAAAUGUAAACCAUGGCAGUGAUGCAGAGAAAAAAAUCUGUGUCAUAGAUGAGAUCGGUAAAAUGGAACUCUUCAGCCAGCCUUUUAUUCAAGCUGUUCGUCAAACACUGACUGGCUCGGGGACCGUGGUGCUUGGAACUAUUCCAAUACCUAAGGGGAAGCCACUGGAUCUUGUUGAAGAAAUAAGAAGUAGGAAAGAUGUUAAAGUGUUCAAUGUUAGUAAGGAAAACAGAAACAGCAUUUUGCAAGACAUCUUGGCAGCUGUAGAAUCCUGCAGAAAAUGAAGACCUUCUUGCCUGUAAACACUAAAGCUUUUAUUUUAACAAAACAUUACAACAUUUUGUGUGUUUUAGAGUCUGUCCUUCCUGCCGUUGGAGGCUUUACUGGAGCCUUCAGGGUAAGCAAGGUAAAGCUGGUAAUACUCUAAAAUGUGGCAAUGAGAUAGCAGUUUCUUGUUUAUUCAGUUCACAAGCUGAUCCACUCAAAAUAAUUGAACAGAUGUGUAGUUAACAUCCAGUUCUAAUCUGGGUAUUUGGAAGUUAGGUGGUCUGACUCUGAUCCUAGUUACACCAUGUAAAAAAAAUUAACUGUCAAAUCUGUUUGAGAUCUUCAUCUUUCAGAGUGUAGUGUGGACUGUUCUGCCUAGAGAGCAAUUUAGUAUCUGGAACUGGUGUAAGAGAACAGAACCCUGCCCAAAAUAUAUGUGUGCUCUGCCUGAUUUAUGUAGAAAUAUCUUUGCUGUUGGUGACCCAGCUUAGGUGUGUCCAAGUGUGUUUCAGCAUGGGUGCUGAUAAUUCAUGAGGUAGAAGGAGCAAGCAGAUGCUCUCCCCUUAAGCCCAGACACCGCUCUCUCCAGUUGCAGUAUAAGAAGGGUUAACUAGAAUUUCAAGGAUAUUUCCUGUAGUCCCAAGUGACUUUUACAGAAUGCCACUUCAGGAGGAAAAAUAACCAAGUCUACCCUCUCCUAAGUGGCCCAGACAGUAGUUGAUAAGAGGGCUGCAUUUUGGGUUUAUUUUAAUGUUUCUGAUGGCAAUCCUGCCUCGCAGCCCCUUGAAGAUUUAUAUAUAUA